AUGACCGGCGCAGAUGCGUCUAAUGCUGUAUCAACCGCCAUAGCGAAACGACGAGCGCGCAACCGGGCUGCACAGAAGACGUUCCGGGAGCGACAAGCUAGGUAUGUGAAAGAAUUGGAGCAAGCCGUCGGCAAUACGACCGUCCACAGCGAUGUAGCACUAGAUUUGGCGAAUGCAGAAACUUCACGGCUCCGGGAGGCAUUGCAAUCCAGCAAAGCCCGUGUAUCACAGCUCUGCGAUGCCCUGUCAGCGGUGGUUAGUGAUCUCGAAGCGGCUCUUGCCACGGCUGGUCCCAAUGCGAGCGUCGGAAUCGAUCAGUCCAUUGCUCGACUCAGGGAAGAAGAGGAUGGCGGAAGGACGCCCGGAUUCCCGCCGCCAGGGUCUUCGACUGCAAUAGAGCCCAAUUACGAUAGCGGAGCCCAGGCAGCUUCUCAUGCUGUAGCGACUCAACCACGGGAAUGCGAGACGGCGACGCUACCCUCUGGCGCGCUCAAUUGCUUUCCCAGCGCAGAAUGGGCGUCAAGCACAGCAGUGCUCGGAGCUGCAAGCUUUCCGCUAGAUUUGUCGCAGCACCAGACCUUGUUUCCAGCCGACUCACCAAAUGGCAGUCUCGAUCUAGUCACGACCGGACUGUCUUUCCCACCAGGAGUCAUCAACUACCCGUCCGUAUUCUCUGCCCAUCUAUCGAUCAUCGACUUGUUCGCGAAGAAGAAUCCGGCAUACGAGAAUCGGGUCACAAAUCCCGCCGCGUUUGCGAAGCUAGUUUCCACGAUGGUGAACAUGUUCGUCCACACGUGCUGGCCAGAAAUGUCGCUCUGGUGGACAUACAUUCAGUCUGCAGCAGUCGUCGAGAAGCUCAUCCGAUGGUCUUUGGACGCAUCGUUAGAGAACUACAAAACGCUUCCGGUAACGCACAGGCCAACAGCAUUGCAAACUUGCACGGCGCACCCGCCAAUUAUUGACUGGGCCUUCUUUCCUACGAUCCGAGACCGGCUGAUCGAGUUGUACUCACACUCAUGGGUUCUUGACGACAUCGUCUGCAGACUCGUCCAUUCCUAUGUGGUUGAGGCAGAGCUUACGCAUGUUGUGACGGGUCUAGAAGGCAUGCCCUCUCAAAUAGGAUACUUUCGAGUAUGGGACAUUGUACGCACCAUUUCGGCCGAAUCCAAGGCGCAAUCAGACUUCUGGACCGAUUUCGACAACGAUACCUUUGGAGAGACUGCAGAUCCAUUUGAACUGGACUUGACCGAAACAAGUCAUUCAUGGACCAAGGUACCGCUCGAAAAGAUCUACAGGUCUCGAGAGGCUGCGUGGAAAUUGUUCAAGCUGCUUCGUAUGGAAGACCGUCGUGCAAUCAAGCUGGAUCCGGCUUUCGCGACUGCGCACCCAGAGCUAUGUGAUGAACCUAGCAUCAUUGCUUCCGGACUCGAUUGCACUCUGCAGGGCGACAAGGUUCUGUCAGCCGAGUCAGUCAGCCUGGAGUCACUGGCGCCAGAGCUACUUGCUACUGAAUGGGGACCGCGAUGCCCACAGGCCAGCAACGCUGGUCGUGCGCGCCGAUCAUACCUCUAUGCCGGCACCGACGCCUCGGACCAGAUCGAACAAUCAGAGUUCAAAUGCUUGAACCUUAACGUUUAUGCGCCGUCAGACCGGAACGGGCCAUUGCUCCCUGUUGUUGUAUGGAUUCAUGGCGGCGGGUUUGUCUUUGGCGAUGCGGGCCCGGAGUAUGACGGAUCUGCCAUGGUCGAGAAGGCCACAAGCAUUGGUCAGCCGUUCAUCUGCGUCACGGUCAACUACCGACUAGGCUUCUUUGGGUUCCUUAGCUGCGAAGAGUUACGGAAAGAAGCACGGGCGCCUGAUGGGCUCUAUCGACCAAAUCCAGGUCUGUACGACCAAAGACUGGCAUUGGAAUGGGUCGGUGAGCACAUCCACCAUUUUGGGGGUGACUCGGGCCAAAUUACGAUUGCCGGUCAGUCUGCGGGUGGAUGGUCCGCGCUGGCGCAUGUUUCAGCAGAUGUCAACUUGUGCCAGCAAGCGCUGGCGAUGUCUCCCAUGAUCAUAUCCUUCAAGACCGAGGCCGAAUGUCAGGCCGAGUUCGACUGGCUAGUUUUCAACGUUGGGAUCAGGGCAGAUGCGUCCGCGAAGCAGAAGCUCGCUGCUGUUAGAGGCCUGUCCGAUGAUCAAAUGACCGCUCUGCUCGAUGGUGCAGUUCUCAUACGCCCUACUUGGGACGCCGACUGGUUCACGGCGCUACAGCCAUGGCAACGACUUGAUGAACUGCAUGCUUUCCCCAGCCACAUACGUGCAGUCAUGAUCGGCAGCACUAAGGAUGAGACAGCGGCAGCCAGAGCGGCUUGGUCAUCUCUCGCGCCAGGAGAUCUGGGCGAGACGAUACACACAUUGUGUGGCGACGCGGGGCUUGCUAACGAACUUGCUUCUGCCUACUCGCUGGAUUCCCGGGAUAGCCAGACGGCGGCAGACGGCCUUGUUCAGUUGACGACCGAAGCCUUCUUCGCCCUCUCAUCGGCGAGACUAGGCGAUCUUCUGCCAUGGCUCUACGCAUAUGAAUUCGCACAGAUCGACACUUUCACGGCCAGCGCGUGUCCGAAUAUGGCAUAUCACUGUCUUGACCUACCGUUCCUGUUUCGACUGCCGGCUGUGGCUGGUGACCAGGCUGACCAGGGCCUCAGAGCAACGUCCGAUGCGCUGACAGAGGCUGUGUCCACUUUUGUGCGCGGUAUCGCACCUUGGGAGCUCUACCACGAGAGUAAGCGCAGGGCAGUCUUCGAUGGCAAGGGCGUCACACUGCGACAGGACACUGGGCGCGAGCAUUGGCGCCAGUUCUUCGACACAACUGUUCGUGCGCGCCUGCUGGUUGAUCUCGGUCGGAGAUUGAUGACAUACAGACUGGAUCGACGCACGCAAGCUCGAAUACAGUAA